UGAUUUUGUCGGUUGUAUCGCAUAUCUCCUUCUGGUCACUAGUACCCUAUCAAGGGUUGAGAUCUCUUGUGCUUUAUUCAAUAUGUAUUUGGAUCUGCUCCCGUUGGCUCGAGUCACGGGACCUUGGGCGCCCCAGCCACACGUCAGCCACCUUAUUCAGCCUCAAACGUGACUUCAGCAUCCCGCACUUCAACGACUUGUUGAGACACCAUGUCAUCUCGAUCAUCUCUUAACAACAUCUAUGCAUCAAUAUCAAACCGGAUGGACAGACAAUUCACUCUGAGCCACUGAACCCCUCAGGCUCUUCUUGGCUAGCUCCCACUAUGGCUCGACCCCCGGAUAAAUGAGAAUCGACCACAAUACGACCGAUGGAGGCAGACUGGGAUGAAAUUGCUCGCAUCGCCGUGCCUCCUUCGGGGUUGCACGCGAUAUCAAGUCCCGCUACCGCAGUCGCCUUUGACGAUGCGCAGGAACUACUCUGGGUUGGGAAUGAUCAGGGCCGCGUGGUAUCCUUCUAUGGACACGAGCUCCAAAGAUAUGUUUCGGUCAAGGCUCACAUCGCGGAAGGUCCAGUCAAGCAAUUGCUAUUGACAGAGAAAGGCGUCGUAUCCAUAUCAUCCACCAGCGUCCACCUGGUCUCGCGCAGAGGCUUGACGCAAUGGCAUCUGACUCAUCCACUCAUGACCGAUCUGCGAUGCAUGACCUUUGCAGAAGGUACCAACCAGAUCGUUGUCGCAGGCUGUCAAAGCACAUUUUUUAUCAUCGACAUCGAUAAAGGCGUAGUUGUCGCCCAGCACCCGUCUAAAGCAAACUAUUCCCUAAUGAGGAAGAGUCGCCAUAUCUGUGCAGCAACCGACGAUGGCAAUGUUCAUGUGCUCGACCUCCAUACCUUUGAAAUUCUAAAAUCCUGGAAAGCUCAUGCCACCGCUGUCAACGACAUGGACGCCCACAAUGAUUUUCUCGUCACCUGUGGCUUUUCUGUCAGGCAAUUGGGCGUUCCAAUCGUGGAUCCACUCGCAAACGUCUACGACUUGAAACACUUAACUUCCCUACCACCGAUUCCGUUCCAUCCUGGAGCAGCAUACGUUCGUUUGCAUCCCAAGUUACAGACCACAGCAUUUGUUGCCUCGCAAACGGGACAAAUGCAGGUCGUGGAUCUCAUGAACCCCACCAAUAUCACCCUCAAACAAGCAAACGUGCAAUUCAUGCUGGGUAUGGAGAUUUCCUCCUCGGGCGAUGCUGCAGUCAUCACAGACACAAAUGGUCUUUUAUACCUCUGGGGCUCCCCGACAAGAGCUCGCUUCAAUAAUAUUAGCAAAGAAACCGAAUUCCCUGAUCCCACUCCCCAACAACUUCCUCACGUGGACUGGAACGACGCACCACUGAACACCGUUGGCAUGCCUCACUACACGACGCCACUUUUGUCCGCGUGGCCAAGUCAUGCAGUUUUUGAAGUAGGUGCGCCGCCCAUGCCUGUCGAUCCAGCAUUAUUGUUUCACGCAAAGGCAGCAGAAAUGGGUCACUACGCACCAAAUCUCAACCCCCGAAAACUUCAUCGUUACCAGGUGGAAGAUAAACGAGGUGGCCUUGUACCAACCUCGAUUGCUGCUCCCAAGUUCCUCAGCGAGAAAGCCAGAGAUGCCCCACCGAAUUCUCAUGGAGGCAAGAUGUCGGAUGCUGCCGAGUCUCUGGCAGGGAUGGCAUUGAACGGAAGAGCCCAAACAGAUGAAGAGCGCAUGCUCAAGUACAGCAACGUCGAGAUCAAGUACAGUCGCUUUGGAGUCGACGAUUUUGACUUUAAGUAUUACAACAAAACCCCUCACUCAGGCCUCGAAACCCAUAUCGCGAAUUCUUUUGUCAACUCGCUCCUCCAAUUGUACAAAUUCAUUCCAUUGCUACGAAACGUCGCGAUUCAACAUGCCGCCACCUCUUGUGUCAGCAACAGCUGCCUACUCUGUGAGUUUGGAUUUCUUUUCGACAUGCUCGAAAAGGCAAAUGGCCAAAAUUGUCAAGCCACCAAUCUUCUGAGAGCCUUCAGUGCCUCUAGGGAAGCAGCAAAUCUGGGGCUCUUUGAACAUCACGCUCUAACCAAUGGUACGCCAUUGUCGACCACAAUUCAGUCGGUCAACCGGUUCUUUUUGAAGCAGAUUGCUCAUGAUUACGCCAGCAUGGCUGGCAAAACCGACGGCAUCGAUGAGAUCCUUGCAAGUAAUGCUUUCGAGGUGAUCAGGUGCAUGUAUUGCAGCAAUGAAACGACGAAACCGGCCAGCACCUACGUGCAUGACCUAGCUUAUCCCCAACUAGACCCUAAGCAUGCGACUAAGAAUCCCAUGUUCAAAUUCGCCUCGAUCCUGAAAACGACCAUUGAGAGGGAGGCCAAGAAUCGAGGUUGGUGCAGUCGCUGUCGAAGAUACCAACAACUCGCCAUCCGCAAGACCGUCCGCCACCUGCCAUAUAUCUUGAUGCUCAACUCAGCGUUGGGGACACAUCCCAACAUGCGUGGUUUGUGGGAGAACCCCGGAUUCCUGCCGAAUGAGAUUGGUAUCAUCAUCCAGGAUCGCAAUGUGUAUUGUUUUGAAGGAGCAGACCUGCAACUACACCUGCGCAACAAGUCACCGAACCUGAUGGUCUAUGAAUUGGUGGGAUUUGUUGCAGAAAUCGACGCCAGUGAAAGGCAUCAGCCUCAUCUUGUCAGCAUGAUCAAUGUGGAAGUGUCGAAUCCGGGUCCAGACGUUGCCCCGAACCAUAAGCUAUUUCCAAACUGGCAUCUUUUCAACGACUUCCUGGUGUCACCUGUGGAUCCACGCGAGGCAACUCACUUCAACAAGAACUGGAAACUCCCUAGUGUGGUUGCGUAUCAGGUCAAGCAGGCUCAUGGAAAACUUGAUCAAGGCUGGAGACAAAACCUGGACACGUCAUUGUUGUAUCACCACUACAGUAUCAACGACAUCUAUCCAACCAGUGAGUGCAAGAUGCUUACUCACGAGGACGAUCUUCGAGCAGGCACGCCGAUCGCGCUGGACACCGAGUUUGUGGAGCUUGAGAAGGCCGAGAUUGACGUCAAGGCAGACGGCUCUCAAGAGACGAUUCGGCCCGCCAAGAAUGGACUGGCACGGGUCAGCGUGCUGAGGGGGCAGGGGGAGCAAGAGGGCGUUCCCUUCAUCGACGACUACAUCACGAUUUACGAGACGAUUGUCGACUACAAAACUCAGUACUCAGGCAUCCGCCCAGGCGACCUCGAUACUCAGGUCUCGACGCACAACCUGCUUCCGCUCAAGGUGGCGUACAAGAAGUUAUGGAUCCUGCUCAAUCUCGGGUGUAUCUUUGUUGGGCAUGGACUGGCAUCCGACUUUCGAAAAGCAAAUAUUCAUGUUCCCAAAUCACAAACGGUGGACACACAGUUCCUGUACCUUGGGACUGGGAGAAAUCGGCGGUUCUCACUAAGAUACCUUGCUUGGGCAGUGUUCAAGGAAUGGAUUCAAGAGGAGACGCUGGACGAGGGGGCUUCCGACGGCCACGACAGUAUUGAAGAUGCGAGGAUGGCACUAAGGCUCUGGCGCAAGUUUCAAGAGUACGAGGACGCCGGGAUCGCGGAGCAAAUGAUUGAAGACAUCUACCGCAAAGGCACCAAAUAUGGAUGGAAACCACCACCUAGAAGCAUUGGUGGAACCCUCCUGCCUGAAGCGGCUGGUACCGGGGCGGCCAACAGCGCGAUGCAAAGUGGGAGAAACACACCGGACAUGAACAAUGGAGGGAUGCCAACGUCGCCGCCGUCGGUGAAGAUGGGUCCAGGUGGGGGAGGGUUCAGGUUGAAUGCCGCUGGGGCUGGGACGUUUGUGCCGGGCAACGGUAUCGUCAGAGAAAGCCCCUUGAGAUAGGAACAUGGGCAAAGGGCAAAGGGAGGAAGCUGAUUCGAAAUAUGAGGAUCUGGGUCGGAGUGCUAGGUUCACCGAGGGAUGAGCUAGGGAAGCAAGUCUAGAAGUUGGGUCGGGCGAUAGACUCGGGUGGGAAUGCGCGAGGCAAGAUCUUAUCAUUGGAUGAUUUUGAAUUGUGUGUAGCCUUGCAACUUUGAAGGGCGAUGAUACAGGAUGUUGGUUGUACUGAGAUUCGUUUCGGCAAUCGCUGAAUCUUGCCAGGCAAGGGAACGAACGGGGCAUGCGAAUGCGCCUACAGGUGUGAGGCAGUCGAAUUUGUAGUUGACCUCAGCUUCAAUAGAAGACUGCCCCCAAUUCAGGCCGUAAUCCGGGGUCAAACUUCAUGUCCAUAAGGUUAGACUCUCGGGCAAUAUGCAUCUCCCGGGCCCUGGAGCGAGUGCAGCUGGAUGACCAUUCAGGCCUAGGAGGUGCCUGGUGUGCCUGGAUGCAGAUGAGUACGGGGUAAGAAUCCACUUUCGGGGAUGUGGGGGAUGGCCAUUGGCAGGCUCCAACAGGGAUUUGGCCGCUUCAAAGUCUCCGAC